AUGUCUUGCAGCGCACGUUCAAUGCUUUUCAAAACAUUUUGUGAAAUCCCAGCGCUUACUUGUGCUCGCAUACUUUUUACUCGUAGUAUUACCGGAGCUCCUACAGAACACUCGGAACAGGCUGUUGCGUUGUCCUCAAGCUACGAACAAUUUUUAGCAAAGAUACCCGAUGGUAACUUGUUCUUGAUAAGAAAUAUGUUGAUUGCUCUGUUACCACUCUAUACUGUUGUGGCAUUUGACACAUUUCGAACUCUUUAG